AUGGACGGUGCAGUGGUGUGCGUUGGCGACGAAGAAUACACGACUACCUUCGCCAUUCGCAUGAGGCGGCGGGGAGAGGAGCCGCUUGGAACUGCCCCUGCGCUUUACGCGGCGCCAGAUGUUUUUCGUAACAUCCGCGCUUCCAUCCUUCUUGACCCGCUGCCGCCUCUUGGGACAACUUCUAUGCGGUACAGCGAUUGGCGAAUGAAGGUUCCCUUCUCCGCAUUUCGCCCUGUGCUGGACUCAGGGUGCGUGCCGCUCACGCUGGUGUUGCCGCGGCAAGGGUGUGAUGAGUUGCAACUCAGUGGUGUUGUUGUUGCGCCUGCGUGGCCUCCCUUCAUGCUGGCCGCAUUUUUUGGGGACACCUAUGAGCAAAUUUUAACGCUUGCCUUGCGUGCCUCCAAGGAACAGCUUAGCGGCAGAAUAGUCUCUGAGGGUGACGUUCUCGUCCUCCGCGUUACAUGCCACCUCUUCUUUGAGAGCCAGUUGGUUUGCACCGACGUCGCCGAGGCUGUGCUGACGCACGUCGCACAUCUUGCACAGAGCGGCGACGCGGAAACGGCGACGAGAUCGUUGAUGCACAAUGACGGCAUCAUUGCGAUUCCACUUCGCGUUGUUGAAGUGACGACAUCUUCUGGUAGACCUUUCGGGUGGCUUGACCUGAAUGGUGGUGAGACGGAGGUCGUUUUAUCGCUUCACAGCACGGCACCUUGCGCCGAUGUGACUCCGCUAUUUCCGCCAUUGCGUCAAAAUGAAAGCUUCUAUUUAAGGUUCUCUCUGACUGUGGCUAUCGUUGAUGCAUUGGGCUCUGUCUUCUCACCAUCGCACUCUGCUGGGACACAUGUCUUUGUGGUGCAUGCACUUCCAGAGAAUUUCCCAUAUGAAAGCAUUACAACGGCGUUGGCCGUGCAUGGUGUGGGGGCGCUCAUCGUUGACCUUGAUCGCCGGCAACGGGAUGAAAUGCAGCAUCUCAGUUCGGAGUACAUGCAGAGUAUGGGGGAGGUGGCACUUGUGGUCAAGAAUGCGCAGCUCCUGUCUGAGCAUCCCCAAUUGCUGCACUUGUUUGAUACAGAUGACAAUGAAGCUGCUACUACUACUGCCCGGGUUGGAGUGCGUGUCGUGUUUCUCGUCUGUGAGAGCACGGAGGCGCCACCGCCGACAGUGGCGGCCAGAGCCAGAAAUGUGGGUGGUGUGUUGAAAGGUACUAAUCCGUGUGACGCUGAUCGUCGCCUUAUUUUGGAAACCCUGUUUCAGGAGGCCCAACGUUCCUUUGGCAUCUGUAAGAGUCUGUUAUUGUCGUUUGAUGCCAUGGCAGCGUGGACGGUUGGACUGAGUGGUGCCGACGUGGUGGCGUACAUGCAGGAGUGCCUCUCACUGCUGAGGUCCAUGCGGUUGCCCGAGGGGGUUAGGCCGGUUCUUUCGGAAUCUUUGUCCGGGAGUGUGCUGCAAACGUACCAAAAGGCUCACGGACACAACCUCGUCUCGACCAAACUGCAGCCAGUGCGUUGGAAGGAUGUGGGUGGCUUAGAGGAGGCAAAGCGGGAGCUGCGGGAAACGAUUCAAUUGCCCCUUUUGCAUCCUGAUCUCUUUUCUAACGGCACAAAACGGCGGGCAGGUAUUCUUUUUUACGGUCCACCAGGCUGCGGCAAGACACUCUUGGCAAAGGCUGUGGCCACGGAGAUGAAUAUGAAUUUCAUGGCCGUGAAAGGGCCAGAACUGAUCAACCAAUACGUGGGCGAGAGCGAAAAGAACAUACGUCUACUUUUUCAACGUGCACGGGACAACUCGCCCUGCAUCAUCUUCUUCGACGAACUUGACGCACUGGCGCCAGCACGUGGCGCGAAAGGCGACGCUGGCGGGGCGAUGGACCGUGUAGUUGCGCAGCUGCUUGUCGAGGUGGACGGUGUGGGCCACACACGCACCGACGGCACCACCGCCGCGCAGGUUUUCAUCAUUGGCGCCACAAAUCGCCCCGACCUGCUGGACCCGUCGCUGUUGCGCCCCGGCCGCUUUGACAGACUGUGUUAUCUGGGUCUUCCUGCGACACGGGAGGAGCAGCUUGUCGCCCUCCGCGCGCUCACGCGGAAGUUUGACCUCGCCGAUGACGUGGACUUUAACGCACUCCUUGAGCCCCUCGGACUUGAGUACACCGGCGCUGACUUCUUUGCGCUUUGCUCCGACGCCAUGAUGUUUGCCGUGGAGGCUGUGCUGGAGAACAUUGUUGCGGAGGAGGGCGAACCCGCACCCGCAGCGGCUAACGGUGCCGAAGAAGCGCCGCGUCUUGUCGUUCAGAUGCGUGACUUUGUGCGGGCGCGCGACCAACUCAAGCCGUCCGUGUCGGAGCACGACCUCAAGCGCUACGAGAGCCUUCAGUCGAAGUUUACCGCCUGGUGA